AUGAGCUCAGCUCUAGAUCUUGAUGGCUCUUCCAAGGGCACCGUGCUCAACGGCCCUUGCGACUGGAAACAAUGGAUUUCUAUCAUCAAGAAAUUCGCCACGUCCCACAGUCUUUGGGACUUUCUGGACCCUGCCGUCAAGGAGGGAAUUUCGCCGUCCCGCAUUCUCCACACCCAAUACCGCUCGAAGCUUCAAGGGUAUAGGGAUCAAGUGAAGGCACUCGCCAGCCUUCAACAACACAUCGUCAAGACCAUCGGCAACUACUACAGCACCAUUGCCGAGGAACACGACGUUGCAAAGCAACUUGCCUUGCUUCAGUCGCCAAACAGGACCAAGAUCGAAGCUUGGGUCACCCAAUGGCAGAAAGUCCUCACUGAGGCAAAGCAAUUAGGGCUUCCUGAUGUCCAGGACCUUCGCCCUACCCAAGAUUUCCUACAGGCUGUUUCGUCCAUCAACGCCCCAUUCACAGACUAUUGGGUCAACAAAAUGGAAGACGAGGCCGUAUUCGGCAAGCCUGAUUGGAAGACCGACUUCCCGGACGGCAUUAAGAUCAGUGAGAUCUUUGAACGAGCUCACCGAAUCAAGGCCGCCAACAACAGCAAAGGAUCAUUCGGAGCUGCCUUCCAAGGCAAGGGAGAGAAAUCGGAGAGGAAAGAGGACAAGCCUAAGUGGUCUUCAAGCAAGAACGCUGAUGGUGUUCCUAUGUGUGUCUGCGGAGAAUAUCACCGCUUCGUAGAUUGCUUCUAUCUCAUCAAAUCAGCUCGGCCUGAUGGCUGGACUCCUGAUCAGAAGGUUGAGAAGAAGAUCAAGAAAUCCUCGACUCCAAUCCAUGGGCAAAGAAGAUGA